AUGGACCAACGGGCAUUGUUUGUUAACUAUCGUUUUAAAGAGGAAACAAAGGCGCUUUGCUUGAGAAAUCAAUGGAUUCGAGGACAACAAACACUUCCCCAUACUAGUGGUGCUAUGAGUUUGACUAGAAGAAGGGCUUUGAUGAAGAAACAGGGAAAAGAAGUUGAUCGCGGCAAAGUGUGGACUGAGACUCAUAAGAGGAAAGAUGGGAGUUAUGUGAAUGAUCAAGCUAGGGAGAUUGGGGAAAGAAUUGAAGAAAUUCGAAGACAAAGACCAGAAACUCGGGCAGAAAUUUCACCGAAUGACGCGCUUGGUGUAGUCUUCGGUCCCGAGCACCCUGGCCGUGUUCGAGGCUUAUGGCAUGGGGUAGUAUUCAAGCAAACAUCAAGACGAGGUGGUGAUUCUUAUAUGGGCGCAGCUAGCACUAGUGCUCCACCUCCACAAUGGGUGCAAGAGAUGGCAAAUAUGAGAUCACAAUUAAAUGCGCUAACAAGCUUAUUUCAAAUGAAAAUAGGAAAUAUCUCUGAGGAGUUUGCUCACUUAUUUCCGACUCCUUCACAGAGGCACUUCAGCAAUCAACUAAGUACUUCAACAGCUGAUUUUGAUACAAAUGCCUUUGUUGAAACUGUGACAAAUGGAACUUGUUUAACAAUAGCAUUACUCAGGAUAAAAAUUUUGUCUGAAUAA